AUGCCAGGACGAAUGCUAUUUCGAUAUACUCGUGAAGAGGUGGCCAAACAUAACACUGUUUCAGACCUUUGGGUUAUUUAUAACAACAAAGUUUAUGAUGUGACAGAGUUUGCGGUGGAUCACCCGGGCGGACCAGAGCUAAUUAGAAAGUGGGGAGGCAAAGACGUGACAAAAAUUUUAGUUGACCCAAUUUCACAUGUACAUUCCGACGUGGCAUACGAUGUUUUAGCAGACAUGUGUAUGGGGGAAGUGGUGGAGGGACCUUCAACGGGCAAUAAUAACACACCUUUAAGUUUAAUGGAUAAAAAAACCAUGGACAACAAAAAUUAUUUUGACGAAAAAACGUUUGAUCGAUUUCAACCACAGAACACCGAUAUUAAAUCUGAUUUUCAAAAAGAGAAAUUCCUUGACCUUAAUAAACCAUUGUUUGAUCAGGUGGUGAAUAGUAAAUUUAGCAAAGAAUUUUACCUUGAACAAAUUCAUCAACCACGUCAUCUUCCGUAUUCGGCGAGGUUGUUUGCGAAUCCAUGGUUAGAACUCUUAACAAAGACUCCAUGGUAUGCGAUUCCAAUAUUAUGGAUUCCGGUGGUAUCAUAUCACUUAUUCAUGGCAUCAGAGUUAGGAUCAAAACUUGUUACGAUUUUCUUCAUCAUUGGUAUCGGAGUUUGGACCUUUUUAGAAUAUGUACUUCAUAGAUAUUUAUUUCACGUUGAUUCACUUUUACCCGAUCAUCCUUACGCAUUAACAGUGCAUUUCGCUUUACAUGGAAUUCAUCAUUAUUUGCCCAUGGAUAACCUUCGUCUUGUAAUGCCUCCGGUUCUUGGAUUCACGAUUGCGUGGCCAAUCUCGCAAUUAGCAUAUUUGAUCUUUCCAACUGAAAUUGCUCACGCUAUAAUGGCCGGUGCAAAGUUUGCUUAUACAAUUUACGAUGUAACUCAUUUUCAUCUUCAUCAUUCUAGACCUUUUGGUAAACAUUUGAGAGAGAUGAAAACUUAUCAUUUAGCUCAUCAUUACAAGAAUUAUGAAUUAGGCUAUGGAAUUUCAAGUAAAAUGUGGGAUUAUGUGUUUGGAACAAUUUUGGUUGAAUGA